AUGAUUGGGAAUCUUAUUUUCAGACAUAUAACAUCAGCUGUUAAUGACUUACAACAAUCUCCUUACCUUAAAGAAGUAAUCAAAAUAGUAAGUACAGCAAAAAGCGGUAAACAUAUCAAAGAAAUAGUUUGUUUCGGUCUUGGGCAGAUCUCGGUGUGCAACAUUUCCAGGUAUCAAUUGGCCUUUUUACUAUGUUUAAAAGACAUUUAUAAACCUCGUUCAGUGCUUGUUCAUGACCCAAUCUUUUUCAAAGGCGAAUGUGAUGUACUAAAACAAUUUGGACUUGAGGUAAUAGAACAAAACAACGAGGGAAGUUACAUCAUAUCUGAUAGCGGCAUAACAUUAGUGUAUCUUCCUCAUUGUCCUAAACAAUUAACCAAUAACUUCUUAUGGAGUAACUGGUCUUUCAAUAUUCAAAAUUGUAUAAUCAUUGGUAAUAGUUUCAAUUCUAUAAUUGAGAAUAAUCCAAGCAGAUUGCUAUUGGAAACCGUUCCAUACAUUUAUAAAUUGCAUCCAUACACAAUUGAAAGUGUCCUUAUAAACAAUUUUAAGUAUACAGACAUAUUUAAUGAUACUUCGCUACAUUCAUUUCCAAAAGAAAAAUUAGAACAGGUUCCAAAAGGUUAUUGGGAUAAAGGUAUUAAACCAUCAUAUGAAAACAUAGAAGAAUUUAUUACAUCACACAUGGUUGAAAAGCUGAACAUUUAA